AUGCCGACGUCGGUACCCAACGACGUCGUCUCCGAGAUACUCUCCUGGGCGCCGGUAAAGUCGGCGUGCCGGUUCCGGUGCGCGUCCACGGGGUGGCGGGCGCUCAUCUCCGACCCCGCGUUCGUCGCGGCGCACAAGGCCCGCACGGAGCCGCAGCUCCUCAUCGUCGCCAACUCCUUCCAUGGCGUGGCCAGCGGAGGGCGGCGCCGCCGCCGUGACCUGCGGCUGCUGGACACGGACGGCAGCGUCGUGAGGGUGGUCAAGUCCGCAGGUGACCUAUGGACCAUCACCUCCGGACCUCGCGGCCCCGUCUGCGCCACCCGCGUCGGCGGCGUCCUCAACGUGAUCGAUCUGGCCACCGGGGACGUGCUCGUGACCUCCACGGAGAUGGACGACGGCGGAGCGUCCUACGUCUUUGGCAUCGGCUACGCUGCCCCGUCAGGCAAGUUCAAGGUGGUCCGCCUCACGAGCAUGUACAGUUAUGCUGAUCCACCGGAGUACACCUGCGAUGUUCUCACGUUGGAGGACGGCGCCAGAACAUGGUGGCGGAGGGAGUCACCACCAAUUAAAGACCGUGUCCGCUUUCACAAAAACUCUGUGGUCACCAUAGAUGGUGUGCUCUACUUCCUUUACACUUACAGCUCGGUGCCACCGCAGGUGGGCGGGUACUGUGUCCUCUGCCUUGACCUCGAGACCGAGGAAUGGAAGAGGUCCAUCAAGGCCCCGGUGAGGCUACAAGAGUUGAGAUCAGAGACCCGUAUGGUCGAGCUCAAUGGCACCCUUUGUAUGGUUCAGCCAGAGGGACGUGGGACCAAACAUGCUUGCACGACCAUAUGGCUGCUGACUGAUUUGGCCGAGGGCACUUGGGUCGAGGCGUAUAUGAUCCCGAUGGCUCGAACCAUUGAUCUAGUGAUACCUUUCAGGGUGAUGCAUCAUGGUGGAAAGCUAAUGUGCUAUUGCUUUCUUAAUGGACCAACUCCGACGCUACAAGUCUAUGAUCCGCUCAAUGGGACAUGCACACACUUGGCGGAUCUUCCAGGUAACCAUUUGGGUGACGUUGCUUUUUGUGACUUGCACUUGGAAUGUUAUAUACGUUCCACCUAA